GUGGCCUGAGCGCCGCAGGAGAGCGCAGCGAGGUAGCUGCAGAGUGGACCUGCGGGCGCUGGCAGUACAACCGCUGGAGAUCUGAAGACCUGAAGGCAGUCUUUCCUGUCCAAAGAUGGAAAACAGUAGUACCACUACCAUUUCUCGAGAGGAGCUGGAGGAGCUACAAGAAGCAUUUAAUAAAAUAGAUAUUGACAACAGUGGAUAUGUCAGUGACUAUGAACUUCAGGACCUGUUUAAGGAAGCUAGCCUUCCUCUGCCUGGCUACAAAGUCCGUGAGAUUGUGGAGAAAAUUCUAGCAGUUGCUGACAACAACAAAGAUGGCAAAAUUAGUUUUGAAGAAUUUGUGUCUCUCAUGCAAGAGUUAAAAAGCAAAGACAUCAGCAAGACCUUCCGAAAAAUAAUUAACAAGAGAGAAGGGAUUACUGCUAUUGGAGGAACUUCGUCCAUUUCCAGUGAGGGCACACAGCAUUCUUAUUCAGAGGAAGAAAAAGUGGCUUUUGUUAACUGGAUAAACAAAGCCCUGGAGAACGAUCCUGACUGUAAACACCUCAUACCCAUGAACCCCAAUGAUGACAGUCUUUUCAAAUCACUUGCAGAUGGCAUCCUUCUUUGCAAAAUGAUCAACUUGUCUGAACCAGAUACAAUUGAUGAAAGAGCCAUUAAUAAGAGAAAGCUCACCCCUUUCACUAUUUCUGAAAAUUUGAACCUAGCCCUGAAUUCCGCCUCGGCCAUCGGUUGUACGGUGGUCAACAUCGGUGCCCAGGACCUCAAAGAAGGAAAGCCCCACUUAGUCCUGGGACUUCUCUGGCAGAUCAUCAAAGUUGGUCUUUUUGCUGAUAUUGAGAUUUCCAGGAAUGAAGCUUUGAUUGCAUUGCUGAAUGAAGGCGAGGAGCUAGAGGAGCUGAUGAAGCUCUCUCCCGAGGAAUUACUGCUGCGGUGGGUGAACUACCAUUUGACCAAUGCAGGAUGGCACACCAUCAGCAACUUCAGCCACGACAUUAAGGAUUCAAGAGCCUAUUUUCAUCUGCUUAAUCAGAUUGCACCUAAAGGUGACCGGGAUGAUGGACCUGCUAUUGCCAUUGAUCUUUCAGGAUUUAAUGAGAAAAAUGACCUGAAGCGUGCUGGAUUCAUGCUUCAAGAAGCAGAUAAACUGGGCUGCAGACAGUUUGUCACUCCUGCAGAUGUGGUUUCAGGCAAUCCUAAACUUAAUCUAGCUUUUGUAGCUAAUCUCUUUAACACAUACCCGUGCCUACACAAGCCUGAUAAUAAUGACAUUGAUAUGGAUUUACUGGAAGGGGAGAGCAAAGAAGAGAGGACAUUUCGAAACUGGAUGAAUUCCUUGGGGGUCAACCCAUACAUUAAUCAUUUGUACAGUGAUCUCGCAGAUGCUUUAGUGAUCUUCCAGCUCUAUGAAAUGAUCCGCGUGCCAGUCAACUGGAGCCAUGUUAACAAACCUCCUUAUCCUGCCCUUGGAGGGAACAUGAAGAAGAUUGAAAACUGUAACUAUGCGGUGGACCUGGGGAAGAAUAAGGCCAACUUCUCCCUGGUUGGCAUUGCUGGGCAGGACCUGAACGAGGGGAAUGCAACACUUACUCUGGCGCUGGUGUGGCAGCUGAUGAGAAGAUACACAUUGAAUGUGUUAUCAGAUCUUGGAGAAGGUGAAAAAGUAAAUGAUGAAAUUAUAAUUAAAUGGGUCAACCAGACUCUAAAAACUGCAAACAAAAAAACUUCUAUUUCCAGCUUCAAGGACAGAUCUAUUAGCACUAGUUUACCUGUCCUAGAUUUAAUAGAUGCCAUUGCACCAAAUGCAGUUCGUCAAGAAAUGAUAAGGCGAGAAGACCUUUCUGAUGAAGACAAGCUAAACAAUGCUAAAUAUGCCAUUUCAGUGGCUCGAAAGAUCGGUGCCCGGAUAUACGCCUUACCUGAUGACCUCGUAGAAGUGAAACCAAAGAUGGUUAUGACGGUGUUUGCAUGCUUAAUGGGAAAAGGACUGAACAGAAUAAAAUAAACAUUAAGUAUGAUUUUCUGCCACAUUAAACAUAUUGAAUGCCUCACAGUUUACAGAAUUCUGAAAUGUAGUGGGUAUAAAACCAGAGAUUAUUUGUAUGCUCAAAACAGUUGUAAAAUUCACUAAUGAGUUCAAUAUCCUGUUCAUACUAGAGUUUGUUGACCUUUUUGGAUAACACAACUACUGUAUUAGUAGAUACUGAUAAUAGAAUAUGUUCAUUAUCAAACUGAUAUUUCAUGAUAAAAUUAAUUUCAUUUCCUGAAAUUCUCAUUAUAACAAGACUAAUUCCUUCUUUCUCAUGGUUUAAAAUAGACCAAUACAAAAAAUUUUUUGCAAGUCCUACUGUGAAAUGUGUUUUGAUUUGUGUGUGUAUCUGUUAAUUUUGAUCAUAAAAGUAUUCAAAGUCAUAAUUCAGCUUAGUCCCUCUGUUUUUUCCCCUCUAUGUGCAGUGGUCUAAAACUUCAACUUUUCUGUAAAUUUCUGUAUUGUUUAAAACUUUAAGUGACAAGUAUUGUUCUAUUAACAUUAAAUAUUUUACACAUGUUACUCCUGAAUAAACCCCAAAGUUCAUUCUCUUAUGUAAGAAGCCAGAGCUUAAGUAAAAUUACUUAAAACAUAAUUUUAACUGCAUCGAUACUUUACAUGUGCUAGUUGGGUAAUGACAGGCAGAGCACAUAUGUUGGUAGGGAUGUCAUUAGAGAAAUGUGUGUAUACAUAUUUUUUUUUCACCUGAAUUAGCUGGGUUUUCUUAAACAUCAUGUAUAAUUGGUAAGUCAGCCAAGUAUUUAUUGUGACCCCCACACCAUGUGUACUUUUCAGUUUGUAGAUAUUUGAUACAUAAACAUUUCUUUUAGAAAUAUUCAUUUUUGAUGUGCAUAUAUUUUUCAACUGACUUCUUCCAAAUAUUUAUAGCCAAGCAUUGGCUAGAUAAUUUCAAGACAUGUUGACACUAUAAUGUUAGCUUCAUAGUAUAGAUGCUAAUUUUGAUUUAUACUGAAGCCCUAAAUAACUUAGAACAUGCCCACUGAAUUUCUUUAGCAGAAAGCUACUUACUAUUCAAAAUAGAGUAUUUUCACGGUUUUUUCCAUAACCUUCUACAAGAUGGCAAUGUUUGCUUAAUGCGUGUGUUACCUGAGACCUAUUUUUGUCUGAAUUUUUAGCAGUAGAGAGAUUCCUUGCUAACAAUUAAAUUCAGAAGUCCACUUCAUUCAUUUUCCACUAUUAGUGCCAGUGAAGCUGCUGUGCAACAAAAAAGCUGUCGCUUUGUGUUGGUGUGAAUGAGAAGUCUAACUCUCCUUUUUACCACUGAUUAAAAGGUAUAUUUCGGUACAAGUGAAACUGCUCAUGUGUUUAGAAUAGAAUUUUUAACUGAAAUUAUCAA